AUGUCGAAUUUAGUGGAUGACUUCAUCGCCCGGAGGAGAGCUGACACACGUACAGUGCGUUCUUCAAGACAUCAGCCGCCUGAAGCUAGAGCCCCUUCCAUAUCCUCGCGCGACCCAAUUGUUCCAAGCGGAACCCAGCACAUCAAAAUUGAAGAUGGAUCUUAUUCGGUGCAUGACGCAGGGUGCGUCCAGCAAUCAGUCCCACUUUUUGUUGGGACUGCCACACCUAAUCCCCCCCUCCUGGUCGAAACUCCGCCAGACAAAGCCCUCACGACAAACAAAGCCCCCAAACCAGACUACGCGCAGCCGGUUUCGAGCGGCGAGUUGCAGUAUGUGGCUAAUUCAGCACCUCCAUCAACGGCCCAUUUGAUUCAGCAGCACCAAAACGAUAGAAUGGCCAUAUCUGCACCAUUUAUGCACGGCCAGAUCGUGCAGGUGGUUCCAAACCGGCUUCCGCAAAUUAAACGCCGUUAUGUCUCUCUUCUUGCAGCCAUCGGCAUGGUGAUUGCGUUUGCGUGGGGGUCUUGGUUUGACAAUGCCGGGCAGAAUAUUAUGGCAAAACAUGCAAACGUCAAUGUAUCUGUUGAUAGGCUCGAAAGGGCUACUGAGACGCUUAACAGCUGUUGCCACAUUACGCCAGACUGCAUUGCUGCAGUGAAUGCACUGAUCAGCCAAAGCGUGGUACUGUUAGAUCGGGAUAUUCGCAAUGCCGCAGACGCAGCAGUCAAUUUGCUGGGCGCGGCUGUUCUCGCCCCACGCGAAAACACGAAAAUUAAACAUGGGCUUUCGUGUUUGCAAACCGGCCAACUUGCGUCCAAACUGCGCGAAGCAACCCAACAAUGCCUUCUUGUCGCCAGCCGACACAACGAGGCCUUGACGCAUACACGAAGCGCAAGCAGCCAAUUACAACGCACUGCCAGAAACAUUACAGUUGAGCGAGAAAGACUACACGCGAGUCGGAGGAAUAAACAUCGCCGAGCUCUGGAGCACGCCAAGGAGCUCAUAGGAAUUUCUAGCGAUGUCACUUACGAGAGCACUAUAGAGCUGUACAAAGAUAUGGCCAAUACAAUCCACACGUUGGACAAAGCAUGGAACCUAACCGCUUCCGCCGCCAACACACAGCACAAAGAGUAUGCUCUGUGGAAGGGUGUCGGAGCAAACCUGCAAGAUCUGUUGGCUGAUCUCCACGCUAAGAUUGACGUAUCGAAGUGGACGGCUACAUGUCUCAGGACAAGUGAAUUAAGAGAGAUCUUGCAAGUUGUCAAGAGUGAGAUGGAAAAGGUAGUAUUGUGA